AUGAAGCGGUCGAUUGAAGCGAUGUUUUUCCUCCCCUGGCUGUUGUUCUUGGGCGUUGCCGUGGGCGUUACCCCGCCCAUAACCCCGGUGAAUGAUGAGAUCAGCAGUAAAUGCGGAAAGUUCCUUUUGUCCAGUCAUCCCAUGUGAGUAUAGGUGUGAUUGUGGAAAUUUUAACAGUGAAAAGAAAAUUAUUUUCAGAAAAAAAUAGUUUUCCCUAAUUUUUAUGGGAACGAUAUGUGAUUUUUGCUUAAUUUUAAGUGUCACCGACAACAAGACCUGCCCGUCAAUGUCAGACUAUGGCGUUGUUUUGCCCCCGUUUUAUUCCACGGACGAAGUCGACUUCAAAUUUUAUAUUUCUUCCUUGUCAUCGAACAAUACGCAUUGUUACAGAGCGUAGGUAUUGAUUGCUCUGGGCUUUCUGACAUGAGGCACAUUUUUAGCUUCAUCCUCCACCUGGGCCCUGAAUGUAAAUUGGAAUAUCAAAACGAUGAAUCUGUCCAAAAUAGAUUGAAAUUUGAAAUAAAACAAAAGGACGGGAAAGUGAUGUUGCUUGAAGACGAUGACGUGAGAGUUUCCACAACCUGUAACGGAUCCGUGGUCGGUGACAACCAGCUCAAUAUCACGCUUGAAAGUGUGCCUCUUCCUGAUAACCAUGGGUGUCGAUUUGAAUGGGUAGGUAUUGUUACUGGGAAAAGGUGAUAAACUAAUUCGAGUGACGCUUACGACAAGUUUAGAGCUUUGCGAUUUUAGUCUUCAAAAAUAUUUAUAAGUAUGUCCGAAACCCAAAAAUAUUUUAAAACCUCGGUUCAUCCACAGUAGACAACAAUUUGAACAUAAGUAUUAUAGUUCAAAGUUGACAAAAAAUAUGGGCUUUUGAUUUUUUUACAGUUACCUCGAUUUGCUUUCCAUAAAAUUUUUAAACCUUUCAAUUCCAGGAUGGCAUUGUUGUGUUGAAGAGAUCCGUGAAUGAUUCCUUCUAUGAUGAUCCCAUGGCCGAGGAGGAUCGUGCAGUCCAAGAGAAGGACGUCAAGGAUUACGAGGAAUUCAAAGAUUUUACCCGGAACUUCCGCUGCACGCAUUGUUUUGUCAUCACCAUUGCCUUGGCUGUUUUGUUGUAAGUGGGGAGACUUACAACAAUUUUGCAGGUUGUCCCUAGAGAACUAAAAACUAUCUUACUAGGGAAGUGUACAAACGAACCCUCACCAAAUGGCAAGUGUUAUACACCAUUGGAAAGCCCUUGAAAAAUGGUGAAAGGUACCAUUUUCACUUUUUGCAGAAUGCCUUAGGGCAAAAAAUUAUAAACGGCUGAUUUGUCCCUUAAGUAGUUACAAUAUCUGCUGUAGGGCAAAAUAAAUCUUAUUUCAAAACGUUAAAUGAUACGUAUUGCUACUAGGUUGGCCUAAGAAUUAUUAUGAAGUUUGGCGCUUGCCAGUAAAACCAUUUUACAGGGUGACCCAAAAUAACGGAGACAAAUUUUUGAAGGGUCCCACCGCGAAAACCGGGGUUAGAGAAACAUAAGCGACAACGGGUAAUAUUCUAUAGCACCUCCUCUAUAAUCCACAAAAAUUUGGUGGAAUCAUCAUGACGCAGUAAAAAGUUACAGCUUAACAAAGAUGCCUUGCGCCGUUUUUUGGCCUUCAAGUUUGGUUCCCGUGUGUUGCGUAGAGCCUGGCUGUACUACAGCUGCAGAAAUGGCAAGUUCAUUUGUUUUGUUAGACUACUGUGUCCCUAGGAAAGCGGUUGCCUAGGUUUUUGGGCUACGGUUUCUAUUUUUACGGUGGUACCGAUCUCAACAUUGAAGAUCGCCAUUUUUUCCAAAAUUUUUCCAUAAAAAAUUCAGUUUUUUUCGAAUAAAGCUAAAACCACUAGUACGUGUUUUAUUCAUAAAUACAAUGAUUCUGAAAAAAUCUGUGAUUGCUUGCUGGUUGCAACAGCUUUUCUUUAACAAGUUUCUCGCCUAGAACUUCCCCAUGGCACGCGGCUUUGAGAAAGAUGGGUUAUCGAUAACAGAAUGACAAGAUGGAUCAAAACGGCGCAUUAUGCUCCUGUACACUUAUGAAUACGAAUCUUAAGAAUCAGCCUAGGGCAUUUUCGGCCUUUAUGUGUCACCGGCUCCACCGGUACGCCGCCUAAGGCAAAAAUAAGGCAGAAUUCUAGUGAUUACAAAAUAGCACUCCGUAGCAGUAACAAGAUGUUUCUCUUUUGCUUUUAUGGUGUUCCUUUAAUCAUGUUCUAGUAACUCGUACUACAUUUUGCCUUAUCUAACAUUUAAACUCCAUCUUACGCUUACAUUUUCAAAAAAGGCCGAUUUUUGCACUUCAACCGCCUGAAAAUACUCGGCUGUAACUUUUGAACCAUCGCUAGUUAAGCUUAGUAUGAUAGCUCAUUUUAAAGGUCUUAUUACGAUAAUUAAUCAAUGCACAUCUCAAACUAUUCCGAGUUUUCUUUUUUGAGGAAGGCAGCUUUCUUGUAAAAAGACCCCACGGGCAGAAGGGUCCGAGUCAACCGGAUAUAUUCAUGUCGUUCAAGACAGAAGAGCGUCGUACAACAAAACUAUCGGUAAAUAAAACUACCCUAACGUGGUACUGUAAUAUAAAUAAGGAGUCACUCAUGAAUCUUAAUAAGUGGCAGAAAAAACGGGAAAUCUUUUGUCUCCGUUAUUUUGGGUCACCCUGUACAUAUGAUAUUUACUGGUUUUAGAUACCCAUAACGUGAAAAAACACUUUUCACUUUUUUAAUCUUGAAAAACAUGUAAGUUUGAUGAUUAUAACCGUAAUCUACCGUUUUCUAGAAAAAUUAAAGCGUUUGUAAAAGUUUUACUCAAAUAUUUUCCUAACUGUAAAAACGCAAAACUUUUUUGCCCAAGCUGGGAAUCGAACCUAGCUUUGUUUGGCUUAUCAGCCUGCUCAGCAAGCACUACACUAUUGAAGCAGCCCUCUCCGAGGAUUUUUAUCAGCUCAAGAGAAAGAAAGAUUUUUGUUGCGAAAUGACCUAAAAAUAAUAUAAUUUACAGUGUGUCGUCUCGGAAAAGCAUUCUGCAAAAAGUGAAAAUGGUAUCUUGCACCAUUUUUCAAGGGCUUUCAAAUGGUGUAUAUCACUUUGGUGAGGCCAUUUGGUGAGGGUUCGUUUGUACACUUCCCUAGUUAGACCAAGUAAAGUUUUUGAGCUUUGUUUUUAAUUUUUUUAUUUUAGGUGCAUCUUCCUGGCCCUUUGUGUCUGCAGCUCCUGUCUUGUCUGCAAGUUGAAGGUUUGUCAAAAAUUGGGGUUUUUUUUAUUUACGAUGAUUUCCUAACAGUAAGUCUUUACACUUUUAGAAAGAUCUCCAAGGCCGUGAUUGGGUGGACAAGAGUUUCAAGAGAAAGGGCGACGCUAAGAGUAGGAAAAGUAAGAAAGGAAAGAGUAAGAAGAGCAAGAAGAGUGGCAAGGAGAGCAGCAAGAGAGCGGGAAGCCAGAAGGAGACUGCCAAGGACAGUGGAAUCCCUUCUUCUUCGACUGAUGGAAAGGAUUCUAAGAACGUCUGA